GUCAGUGUUUAGUCAUGUAUUUAUGGUUCAAUUUUGACUCAACACAUUUCCUGUUUUUACAGUGGGAGGAGCCGUGUGUAAAGGGAAUACAGUCGGAAUAUCACAUGACAGCACAGACACCAGGAAAACACAACGAGCAAGAUGGUUCCAGUGUUGAUGUUACUCAUGGCAGCUCUUGUAGCUGCAGAUGAGACACUGAUGGAUCUCACAAGCCCAGUGCACUGUGAUGCAGUUACUAUGUGUCCUGAAGGAUCAACAUGCUGUCUGAGUCCUUAUGGAGUGUGGUACUGCUGUCCAUUCUCAAUGGGUCAGUGCUGCAGAGAUGGAGUUCAUUGUUGCCGUCAUGGUUAUCACUGCGAUUCGACAUCGUUCCAGUGUUUGAGGGGGUGGUUGAGAUUGCCGUCUACUCCUCAGCCGGCCUCCAAAUCUAUCCAGAAAACUCAGGAUCUUGAAAGGCAGACCGAGACUGAGAUUGUUCAUUGUGAGGGAAAUGUCUACUGCCCAGCUGAGAAGUUCUGCUGCAAGACUGCGACUGGCCAGUGGGGGUGCUGCAGCGGGAUGGUGUUGUAAGUGAACAGCCCCCGGGAACCUCUUAUCAAAGACUGUCAAAGUGCAAGACGCUUUCAAACUUCACUGUUACUCUUGAGGGAAUAGAUUAAUCCUACAUCCAAACUAAAUUAAUGUAAAAUAAAAUCUGAUUGCAGUAAAAUCGCACUGUCAUUUAAUAAACGAUUUUGUUUUUGAA